AUGACCUCCCACCCAGACCUCACAAAAUUCAAAGCCCUCUCCUUCGACUGCUACGGCACCCUGAUAGACUGGGAAUCCGGUCUCCGCGCCGGUCUCCAACCCAUCAUCUCCCGUCUUCCUCCUCCUCCUCCUCCCUCCUCGACAAACACCAACAACAACACUUCCUCCUCUUUCGCCACCGACCCCCCUCCCACAGAAGUAUCCCUCACAAAACGCUUCGAUACCCUCUCCGCAGCCCUGCAAUCCUCCUCCCCAACCCUGCGCUACGACCUCAACCUCUCUUCCUCCUUCCUCGCCCUCGCAGCAGAACUCGGUGUACAUGUCACGGAAGAAGAGGCCACGGCCUUUGGCUCCCUCCCAGGAACCUGGAUUCCCUUUGAAGAUACCAUCCCCGGGUUGGACAUCCUAAAAAGACGUUACAAACUAAUCAUCCUCUCCAACAUUGACGCCUCCAACAUCUCCCGCACUCUGACGCAUUUUUCUCCCGUCGAGUUUGAUGCCGUGUACACGGCGGAACAGAUAGGUAGCUACAAACCCGCCGACGGCAACUUCACCUACCUUUUUGAACAUGUCAAGCAAGAGUUUGGUGUACAGUGGGAUGAUGAGCGGGGACAGGGGCUGUUGCACGUCGCGCGGAGUUUGACUGCCGACCACGUCCCCGCGAAGAGGUUCGGUUUGAGGAGCGUUUGGAUCUCGAGGGGCGGCGAUGUCAAGGAUGGGGAAGGGGUGGGAGGGGAUUGGGAAGGGACGAAGGGGGAUGUUGGGUUUGAGUGGCGGUUUAAUACGGUGGGGGAGUUUGCGAGGGAGGUGGAGAGGCAGUUUGGGGAGAAGAGGUGA